CUCCACGGCCAGCCCCCAACCCCCCCCCGCUUCACUUCUACCACCACCACCGCCUCCUCCUCGCUCUCCCGCCCGCCUCUUUCCCCUCGCUCCUCCGGCUCCUCCUUUGCACGCCCCGGCACCGAUUGUUGACAAAAGACGGCGCGGAGAGACGAAGCGAGGCAACCUGGUAUUUUUCUCCCUCAUCGGAAUCCCCAAACGGGAUCUGUCCGGUUUUGUCGGAGGGAGACGACGGAACGAGAAGGUGGUGCGCGCAGGAGCCUCCGAGGGGGGCCGCGAUUGUUGUUCAUUCGAACGUGACCCUCUGGAAGGUGUGGCCGAGGUGAUUCGCUUAUCACUGGUGGUCUAACCGCAGCGGGCCCGGCUCCAACAACCACUGGAAGAAGACGAAAAUAAUUUGAAAAAUUUAGCAUAAAAUGGGUCACCGGUUGUGAGGGCAAGCGGCGGUCCAGGCUCUGAGGAAGACGAAGGAGGCGGCAGGGGGGCGCCCGGAAUGGUGUGAGCUGACUCGGCCAGGCAAGUCUGGAUCUAAGCGGGGAACCGUCCUUCCCCCGGAGCCUGCGCGGCCCCACGCCGCGUGCCGAGCCCUCCAAGAUGGGGAAGUGCGACGGGAGAUGCACGCUGCUGGUCAUAUGCUCCUUGCAGCUGGUGGCCGCCCUGCAGAGGCAGGUCUUUGACUUCCUGGGCUACCAAUGGGCGCCCAUCCUGGCCAACUUCUUGCACAUCAUGGCCGUCAUCCUGGGCAUGUUCGGCACGGCGCAGUUCCGCUUCAGAUACCUCAUCUUUUAUGCAGUGUGGCUGGUGCUGUGGGUGGGCUGGAACUCCUUCAUCAUCUGCUUCUACCUGGAGGUGGGCAACCUGUCUCAGGACAGGGACUUCCUUAUGACGUUCAACACGUCCCUGCACCGCUCGUGGUGGAUGGAGCACGGUCCCGGUUGCCUGGUGACGCCGGUGCCGGACUCGCACUUGGCCCCUGACGACCACCACGUUAUCACCGUCUCCGGUUGCCUGCUGGACUAUCAGUACAUCGAAGUGCUGAGCUCGGCCGUCCAGGUCCUGCUGGCCCUUUUUGGUUUUGUGUACGCGUGCUACGUGAGCAAAGUCUUCCAGGAUGACGAGGACAGUUUCGACUUCAUCGGAGGUUUCGACUCGUACGGCUAUCAGCCUCCGCAGAAGUCCUCGCAUCUCCAACUCCAGCCUCUCUACACGGCUGGCUAACGGACACUUGUAAAACAGAACAGCAUCACUACAGAUGGUACGAGGUAGUUAGAGGACUUGCUUACCCCCCCGCCUUGGAGAAAAUGUGUGAGAGUGUGUGCGCCUGAGUAAGAUUACCAUCCCUGAAUGGAAUGUACCAAGCUCAGGGAUGAACCAGCAUGUUGGAUGGACGGGCAGAUGGAUGAACCGGAAUAAGGAGACAGUCACCGGCGACACACAUCUUUACCAGCUAGCAACACAAAUGUGUGUAGUGUACUUCAGUGUGUGUGUGUGUGUGUGUCACGGGAUUAAACGGUGCUUUCAGAUUGCACCUCGCACCAUCGUUAUUGUGGGAGGGAGGGUCACGUAAUUUAAAAAACAAAAUAAAUAAGGCACGACUCAUUGUCAUUUUAGAAUGUGUUGAUGUCAAACUAGAGCAGUCUUAAGAUCCCAAAGCUGUCUGCGAACAGUCGGCAAACGUCCCUGUUUCACAAUUUACCGACGUGCAUCCAUCUCCGAUGCCCAGGGUGAAUUUGACUUUAGUGGGGUUGGUAGGGUGCAGAUGGCUUUGGGAUCGGGUAUUUGUAUGUCGGGGGGAGGGGUACUCUGCAUGUAAAUAACAAGCCAAUAAUUGAUUUGGAUGAUAAAAAAAGAGGGUCCUGCAUUGGGGUGUCCAGGGGAUGGGGGGGUAUCUUUUUUUCUUCAUACCUGUGUCUCUUGUUGUUCUCACUCUCAAAAAUCUCAACGGGCACAGACGCUUUUUGUCUGUCAAACAGGAGACGGGAGGAGCAAAGAAGUGAGACAGGUAUGAGGCGAACACCUUGAAGUAAAGGUGCACUGUACCGUUUGAAAUAAUAAAAACGACACUUUCUACAUGAAAAAUUA